AUGUUCAAUUUCAACAAUAGUUACUACAACCAAGUUGGUCUUCUCAAACACGACUGGCUUCCACAUUCUCCUGUUUUAUUGGAGGCUCUUCGUCGGCUCCCGCGUGAAGAAACUGAAGCCAGAGACUUCCGGAUUGCACGUGCCACACUUCUGAGUGCAUCAAAGACUAUUUUGCCCAAAGAACAGUGGACGACUUUAGAAAAUGACGUUCCUUAUCUACAGCCGUAUAUCGAUAUUGUCGAUAAGGAAUUAACUGAUCGUAGUGACUGGGAUAACUUUGUUAACCCUCAAGUGUACAGAGAGGAACAUUGA